AUGACCUUUCCAAACCCCGAGCAGUCCACCCGCAAGCGACUUGCGGACCUCGAGAGUGUGGUAGAAUCGAACCGCAGCCAGAUAACAGAUCUGCUCAAGGACAUGGGACAAAUAGGCAGGGACACCCAGUAUCUUUCAGAUUACGUCCGAGCGUUGCAAGCCGCUGUUGUUGAAGACGAUGCCGCAGCUCGGAAGGAGAUGAAGCAGUCGAGGCAGGACUUGGAACACCUGAGAGCGGAAAUCGAGCAGUUGUCUGUCCUUGUGGGACAUCUGGGACGAGUGCUUAACAUAGUUUGA